GAGCAGAAACACCAGGCGAGAAGGUACGAGGAGCAGAUACAAAGACUGAAAGACGAAAGCACCGUGAGGCUUCAGGAGCUGCGUCACCACUACCAGAUCGAGUUGGAGAGUCAGGCGGCAAAAUACAAGACCGAGAUCAGCCACCGCAUGGAGGAGUCCGACGCCAAGAUGGCAGCUUACAUGAUGGACCGUGACGAACAGGCGGCUCGGGAAAGGGAACAGUACGAAAGACAAAUUGCCGACUUCAAGCAGGUCCUGAUGGAAAGACCGGGCGACUUUGACCUGCGACUUGUGUCUGACAGGAGUCUCAAGGAGGAAUACCGGGCACUGAAGCGAUCUGUCGACACAAUCACGUUCAAUCUCGGCCCCAUGACAAUCGACAGGAACAUCGAUGCGGCCAGCUUCCUGGAGCGAGAGGGAAAAGGCCAGGAGAGGCUUUUUGUAAAGGCUCUCAUCUGGGCCAUGAUCCAGGAUGGCUUCUUCUCGGCGCCGUACGGGUUUGGAGCACUGGGGCCUGGGGGCAAUGGGGGGCCAUUGUUUGAGCUGUACCGGAGCUGGAAGGGAAUCGUCGAGGGUGAUGGGUCAAAGGACGAGAAUGGUCCUCUGAGACAGAAUGAGUUUGGGCCCUUGUACCGGGAUCGAUAUGCGAAUUCGUGGCGCUCGGCGACUUUUCAGUCUAUCCUGUAUGCUGCUGCAGCAAAGGAUGCGGAUGGCAACAGUCUGGCCACUGGGGUCAGCAAGACUGUCCAGGUCAAUCGUCAACGAGUCCAGGAUAACAUGCUGGCGAUGCUGAAGAGCGUUUGCCGUGGCGAUGUCAGCAAAGAGAUACAAGAGGAGCUGACGGUGGCCGUGGAGAGGGCGAGUGAGCUGGCCAUUGUAUUCGGAGCACACCGAGCAAAUGUUUGUUUUAGCACCCCCAACCGAGGCGAUGCAGUUGAACUCGGACGGGAGUUCGUCGACUGCCAAGACAGCGAUGGCAGCAAAGGGGUUACCGUGACGGUUGAGCUGCCGGUGCUGCCGGCUCUGUUCAUCAUCGGCGAUGGGAAGAAUGAUCUGACAAGUGUUUUGUGCGUGGAGCAAGGGGAGGUAUUACCGGUAACCGGCUCAUGA